AAGAAAGCCAAGAAGAGGAUUGAAGGUGCUAAUUCCAACGUCUUCUCCAUGUUCGAGCAGGCCCAGAUCCAGGAAUUCAAAGAGGCGUUCACCAUCAUGGAUCAGAACCGGGAUGGCUUCAUCGACAAGGCAGACCUGAGGGACACAUUUGCUGCUCUGGGGCGCCUGAAUGUGAAAAACGAGGAGAUCGAUGAGAUGAUCAAGGAGGCACCCGGCCCAGUCAACUUCACUGUGUUCCUCACCAUGUUUGGGGAGAAGCUCAAGGGUGCCGACCCGGAGGAGACGAUCCUGAACGCGUUCAAGGUGUUCGAUCCGGAGGGGAAAGGCCUGAAAUCCGCAUACAUCAAGGAAAUGCUGAUGACACAGGGUGAGAGGUUUUCCCAGGAAGAGAUUGAUCAGAUGUUUGCGGCCUUCCCUCCAGACGUGUCUGGCAACCUGGACUACAAAAACCUCGUCCACGUCAUCACACACGGCGAAGAGAAGGACUAGCCCGUGCCUGGCACCGUGAGAUGCCCUCUCU